GGGUUUUAGAGGAGCGUGCGAGUUCUAGGCGGCGUAUGGCGUCGGGGGAGGGCCAUAGCGAGGGAGCGGAGGGGCACGGGGCGCCGGGCCAGGGCCCGGGCAGUGCCAACAAGGCGGAGGAGGAGGAGGAGGGGGAGGAGGGUGACGAUGUGAUCGAUGUCUCUCCCUCAGGCUGCUGCGCCUCGUCGCUGGCGUGCGUCCCAGCUGCAAAGUCCCAGCGGGCCAAGCAAAUGUACGUGUUUGACAACGUUUUCACCCUUUUGCCACGCUCUCUUCUGCAAUUCACGAGCCUCCGGGUCCUCAAGGUCUUCUCCAACGCCGCGCGCUACUUCCCCGACCUUGACGACGACUGCUUCCCCCAGUUGGAGCAGCUCCAGGUGAGGGCAUCUCCACUGGGACUGUCCAGCCUUUUGCCGCUUGGGAAAAUGCCCGCUCUCAAGACGCUCGAGCUCCACCAGCUUCCGCUCCGCCCCUCUGCGUCCUUUCUACCAGCCGAGAUUGCCAACCUCCAGGAGCUCCGACGGCUUUCGGUCUGUCACUUCUCAAUCUCGUAUCUACCACCAGAAAUUGGAUCCCUUCACAGCCUCCAGGAGCUGGACUUGUCGUUUAACAAGCUCAAGCUCUUACCCAAGGAAAUAUCCGGAUUGACAUCACUUAAAUCGCUCAAGCUCUCAAACAACAAGCUGGGGGAGCUCCCUUCGUCUAUUAGUACAAUGCUUUCACUGGCCACCCUUGAUGUUGGCCAUAAUAGACUAACUUCGCUCCUCACACUGGAUCUGCAAGCUAUGACUUCCUUGCAAGAACUAAAUGCUCAAUUUAAUAAGUUGCAAGCGACUGGAGAGAUUCCAACAUGGCUCAGGUGCAACUUUGAGGGUAACGAGUGGCUGCAAUUUUAUUCGGAGAGAAAAAAGGCUAAAGGAUCUAGGAACUCCGGCAAUCGGUCAAAGCUGGGAGUUGAAAGCAGGCGGUGCAAGACAUUGGGGUCUGCGAUACCUGAGGAAAUGGUGCUCCUGGAUUCUGGAAACUACCGGACUGUUGACAAGAGAGGAAGCGCAAACGAGCUUGGGGAAAGUACAGAUUUGCCGCUACAAAGCAAGCAACUAACAGUGACAGAGAAGGCUGGCACUCAUGCAGGUUCGACUCACAAGAGGCUUGGGCAUUGUCCUGUUGAAGGUAAUCCAAAGCCUAGCAAGCGUCGGAAGGCAGCUGAGAAGUUCUCUGAGGUGUCAUACAAGUACAGCAAAGAUUCCUUCUGUGGUUUCGAUGACCAUCUUGUGGAUGGUUUUUACGACGCGGGCAGGGACCAUCCUUUUCUUCCGCUGGAAGCCUUGGAAAAUGAGCAGUUCAGUUUCAACAGGCGCGAGGUUAUACUGGUCGACAGAACCAAAGACGAGGAUUUGGACGCGAUGGCUUCAUCCGCUAAACAACUGCUUGUUAGUCUUGGACCUGGCGGGGCAACAUUUGAGCAUGGUUCGAGUGACUUGUACAACGUUGCAAUGCUGGCCUUGUUCGUGUCAGAUUGUUUGGGUGGGAGCGACAAGACGUUGAAUGUUAAAAUCAUGCGGCGCACUGCACUUGGUUCUACGUCAAGUAUGCCCUUCGUGUGUUCGUGCUGCGCAACAGGGCCAAGCGACAGUGGUGCCUCUUUUUCCGGUGCGCUUCCAAGCAUGCGUACACUCAGUGACGAAGCAAUAAGACAUGUCAAGCUUAAGAGGAACUCCAACGUAGUACCUUUGGGAUCAUUGCCUUAUGGCGUUUGUCGGCACCGGGCAAUACUCAUGAAGUAUCUUUGCGAUCGAUCGAGUCCCGUUAUUCCUUGUGAGCUAGUGCGGGGAUAUUUGGAUUAUAUGCCGCAUGCUUGGAACGUUGUUCUUGUUUGUAGGGGUGGUGUUAACGUCAGGAUGCUUGUCGACGCGUGUCGUCCUCUUGAUAUCAGGCUUGAAAGCGAUCCAGAGUAUUUCUGCCGGUACAUUCCAACCCGGCGGAUACAUGUGCAGCCUAGGGUGGUGGAGCUAGGCAGCGGGACGUUUUUGCCUCUGUUUUACGAGGAGAUUGGUUUUGGUGCUUCCGGUGCAGAGGUUAGGAAAUGCAGCGUUGGAGGUCAUACGGCAGCUGCAAAGAUCCGGCAGCUGGAUUCUGCGGUUGUCAAAGAAUCAUCGGAUGGUGGGUGGCUCAGUGAGUUGCGCAUACACUGUAGCAUCGGAGAGCAUCCCAAUGUUGUCGCGUUCUAUGGUCAUCAGCUAUCGUUUGAAUCCGCUGCGUCGAAUGGCGCAAACAAAAAGCUGGACGCUCCCCAGCUGGUUAUAUUUAUGGAGUAUGUCAAGGGCGGGUCGCUAGACAAUGUUAUCACUCGCUUCUCAAAAGAUGGCUGCCUCUAUACACCGCCCCGAUUAGCAAUAAAUAUUGCUGAAAGUGUAGCUCAAGGUCUGGUUUGGCUUCACUCAAGGGGGAUCAUCCACCGUGACAUCAAAAGCAGUAACAUACUGGUAGAUUUGGAUUCUCCUGACAAUAGACCGGUAGUCAAGAUUUGUGACUUUGAUAGUGCCGUUCCUGUGGGUUCCUCGUCUAUCCACACCUGUUACUUGGCACAUCAUGGUCUACCCCUUACUGAUGUCUGCGUAGGCACUCCUCGAUGGAUUGCUCCAGAAGUGCUGGGUGCUAUGUAUACUCGUCAGCAGUACGGGCUGGAAGCAGAUAUGUGGUCUUUCGGCUGUUUCAUCUCAGAAUUGUUGACACUAAACGUUCCUUAUGCGGGAAUCGGGGACAAUGAAAUUCACAAUCACAUCAAAGCUGGAGAGAGGCCCUCGUUAACGUGGAAGCUUGAUGAGAUUGUCCUUGAGCCAGCCGUUGGCGGCGACAAAGAUUGCCUAGAUGCUUUGAUACGUCUGUAUGAGUCAUGCACAGAGCUUGAUCCUGGCAAACGGCCAACUGCACAAGAAGCUUUGUCGUCUUUACAGAAGCUGGUGGAAUGAGGAAGAUUCAUCAUCCGACCCCAAAAGGCAUUUCUUGUGUCUUGCGAAAGGGAAUAUCGCACAGAUUGUUAUAUACAUUUGGAGGCUAUCAACAAUUGAAGUUGAAGCAAAGCAGGCAUCAAUGAAGAUGGAAAGGCAAUCAACCGAUGCCUUUGAUUCGCGAGCUGCCUUUGCUGCAAGGGAUACCCCGUUGGAUCCGAUUUAUGGGUCUAUAAAAGUUAGCUCUUUCAUAA